ACUAGAACCAGAAUAUAAAAUAAAAAAAUCGUUUCAUUUCCUUCAUCUACCCUUCAUAACACAACCGAUUUGAGCUCCAACUCUAACGAGAUGGGAUUGUAUAGAUCAUCAUAGAAACUCUACCGAUAAUCCUCUGUCCCGUUACUUGUUUUUUUUUGUAAAUGCUCUUUUAUAAAGCCUCCCUGACUCGCCCAGAUUCUCCCGUUGAUAUAAAUUUGUACUGUAAUUUUCCACGGUGGAUGUGAAUUAUGGAUAUUACUGAGGUUGAAGAAAAUUUGUUUGCAGCAAGUGAAGCCAAGCUUCAUGGAGAAAUGUGCAAGGAACUCUCUGUAGUUUAUUGCAAAAUCUCUUCCAUUUUCCCUUCCUUGGAAGCGGCAAGACCUAGGAGUAAAUCUGGCAUUCAAGCAUUAUGUUUGUUGCAUAUAGCCCUUGAGAAAGCCAAGAACGUUCUCAAGCAUUGCUCAGAAUGCAGUAAACUUUACCUGGCUAUAACUGGGGAUUCCGUCCUUUUAAAAUUUGAAAAGGCAAGAUCUGCUCUUGUAGAUAGUCUUAGGCGUGUUGAAGAUAUUGUUCCAGAAUCAAUUGGAUGCCAGAUUUUGGAGAUUGUAAGUGAACUUGAGGGUACUGAAUUCUCACUUGAUCCAUUGGAGAAGCAAGUUGGUGAUGAGAUAAUUGCAUUGCUUCAACAGGGGAGAAAAUUUGACGAUAGUAAUGACAAUACCGAGCUAGAAUCAUUUCAUCAGGCUGCUACUAAACUUGGUAUUACCUCUUCUAGAGCAGCUCUUACAGAGAGAAGGGCUCUUAAAAAACUCAUAGAAAGAGCUCGUGUGGAGGAAGACAAGCGGAAAGAGUCAAUUGUGGCCUAUCUCUUACAUCUCAUGAAAAAAUACUCCAAGUUAUUUAGAAGUGAACUUACAGAUGACAAUGAUUCACAGGGUUCAUCACCUUGUUCGCCAACUGUUCAGGGUUCUCUUGAAGAUGGAGGCCCUGGUGGCAAUGGCCAUGCCUUUGAGCGACAGCUAUCAAAGCUUAGUUCGUUCAAUUUCAAACCAACCUAUAGGAAAUCUGGGCAAAUGCCUCUUCCACCUGAAGAAUUGAGGUGUCCUAUAUCAUUGCACCUGAUGUAUGAUCCAGUCAUCAUUGCUUCUGGACAAACGUAUGAAAGGAUCUGCAUUGAGAAAUGGUUCAGUGAUGGGCAUGAAACCUGUCCAAAGACUCAACAAAAGCUUUCUCAUCGUUGCUUGACUCCUAAUUAUUGUGUAAAGGGUCUCGUUGCUAGUUGGUGUGAACAGAAUGGAGUCCCAGCACCUGAUGGCCCCCCUGAGUCUCUUGACCUCAACUAUUGGAGGCUGGCAAUGUCCCAGUUUGACUCGUCCAAUUCAAGAAGAUCAGUGGAGAGUGUCAGAUCUGGAAAGUUGAAAGGGGUCAAGGUAGUUCCUCUGGAGGAAAGUGGUCCCAUUGAGGAGGCUGAAGAAAAAAAUGAAAAAUUGUCAUCGCAACAGGAAGAUUCCAUGCCAGAAGAUGCCUUCGGGUACAAUAUAUUUGAAAUAUAUAAGAAUUUCCUGGCCAUUUUGAAUGGUGAUGAAGAGUUGAAGAAGAAGUGCAAGAUAGUAGAACAAGUGAGGCUUCUGUUGAAGGAUGAUGAGGAGGCCAGGAUUUUUAUGGGGGCCAACGGGUUUGUCGAAGCACUAUUGCAGUUUCUAGAGUCAGCUGUGCGUGCCGGGAGUCCAAUGGCCGAGGAAGCUGGAGCGAUGGCUCUUUUCAACCUUACUGUCAACAAUAACAGAAAUAAUGAAAUGAUGUUGGCUGCUGGUGCUAUCCCAUUGUUGGAGGUUAUGAUUUCCAACCCUGACUCUGAUGGAUCAGCAACAGCCCUCUAUCUAAAUCUCUCCUGCCUUGAUGAAGCGAAGUCCAUUAUUGGCUCAAGUCAGGCCGUCCCUUUUUUAGUCCAAAUCCUUAAAGGUGAAACUGGAGUCCAAUGCAAGCUCGAUGCCCUUCAUGCUCUCUAUAACCUCUCCUCCCGAUCCACCAAUAUUUCGAAUCUCCUCUCAGCUGGCAUCAUCAGUGGCCUCCAAUCCCUUCUUGCAGUACCUGGUGAUCAUGCAUGGAUAGAAAAAUCCAUAGCAGUUUUGAUAAACUUAGCUUCUAGUCAAUCAGCAAAAGAUGAAAUGCUAUCUGCCCCUGGCCUUAUUAGUGGGCUGGCAACGAUUUUAGACACUGUUGAACCCAUAGAGCAGGAGCAAGCUGUUGCUUGCCUUUUCCUUCUGUGCAAUGGAAGUGAGAAGGGUAGUGAAUUGGUCCUACAAGAAGGAGUGAUACCUGCGCUGGUCUCAAUCUCAGUGAAUGGGACCACGAGAGGGAAAGAGAAAGCACAGAAACUUCUGAUGCUGUUUCGGGAGCAGCGGCAGCGAGAUCAACCAUCUGCUGAGGUGUGCUUUCAGCGAACCGAAAGUAGUUCCAAGUCCAUGCCGGGUCCUGAAUCAAAGCCGCAAUGUAAACCUGUCUCAAGAAGAAAGAUGGGGAAAGCUAUAAGCUUCUUUUGGAAGAGCAAGAGCUACUCAGUUUACCAGUGUUAAGUUGGUGUUGUAAAUUUCUGUUGUAUCUUGUCUUUCUUUUGUCCCUGGGGCGUUCUUUGUUUUUGUUUUCAUAGAGAAGAAGAGAUGUACAUGCCCUUGUAAGCUGUGGGUUUUGUUUUUCCCUUCGCCAUCCUCUUCUCUUUGGAAUUCAUGUACCAUAUAUGGAAAUUAUAGUGGAAGCCUUGCUAGAUUAACCUUGCAGUAAAACAA